UGUGCUGGAGAGAGGACCAGAGAUUGGAGAAGCGUAUGCGCACUUUCGCCGGAGAACAAGCGAAAGGCCUCAGAUUAAAGACCAGUGCUCAAACCGGGAAAGCGUCGUAGCCCCCGUCUACAUAUACCAGCACUGGCAGUUGUGAUUCUAGAUCCAUGACCGUCAUGACGUGCAAGCGGCUGCAUAGGGCACUCCUCUUCAUAACUAUGCCGUCAUCCAUCGCUCUUUGCGCCGACUCUGGGCGGAGGGAGGGGGAGAGCCAUUGUAUGUGCGAUGAUACCGUAGAAAGCGAACAGCAAGCCGACUCGGACUGCCGUCUCGAGACUCGGCGCUUUCAUGCAACGGAAAUGCAUCGCAGCAGAGUCCAGCUGCACAGAAAUCCGCAUUGCAACCUCAGAGAAGUGUGGGGAUUGACUUUCCGUGGAAUGUGUGCCUCCCUCCCCUCCCCUUGAUUCGUCGGGUGGGAAAGUUCGGGGACUGCUGGACCUGGCAUAGUCGACAGGUACGCACAACCCGGCAGAUUGCCCGGUUAACCUUAACCU